AUGGCAAUGAAGCGAGACCAACCCGACCUCGAGAAGCGACUCUGCGGCGUCUGCGGCUCCACAGAGCGGUGGUUCCUCCACUACGUCCGCCACAGAGGACAUUUUCGUAAGCUCUGCACCAACUGCGUCCUCAAGAACAACCCAGGCCUCUUCUGCCCUAUCUGCCUCGACUUCUUCGAGCACCCCCUUCCGGCGCGUGACCAGGUCAUGUGCGUCCGGUGCCCUUCCAUCUCUCACUCUGCCUGCGUCGCAGCCAAUUCCUCCUUCCGCAGCUUCCAGUGCCCUCCCUGCUCCCAGCCCACCUUCUCCUUCUUCAACCUCACCCGCCAAAACGAUGGACAAGAUGCCAAAACGACAGUCGUCAUCGACAAGGACGCCGCCAAGGCCCUCGUUGCCGCCGCCAGGAUCGCAGCGGCUUUGAUGACCAAAGCUGCCGUCGCCGCCAGGGUUGACGCCGAGCGCCGGGUCAAGGAAGCCGUCGUGGCGAAAAAGAAGGCCAGAGAGGCCUUGGAACGACUCACGUCUCUUGUCAAUAAGGAAAAGGAGAAGGAUUCGAAGAGUGGAGGCGUUGUUUCGGCGCCUGAGAGCCUCAACGCGAAGCCCAAAUUGGAGGGUCCUGGGCCAAUUCAAGUGGUGCCCAAGAUUUCUGAGCCUGAGGGAAGUAAUGGGUUGAAAACCAGUCAUGCGGAUCCUAUGGAAGAAGACUGA